AAAUGUAUCGAUUUAGUAUUUCUCUAGUUUAGAAUAUUGAAUUUCUAAAUAACGCAAUUGAUCACGGUUAUUUAGCAUUUCCAAUUGCAUAUUAUCUUACCAACGGAAUUAUACCAAAUUGAUAAAAUAAUUUAUGCGUAAAUUCUUCCACAGUCUUUAACGAGCAGUUGACCAGUAUGGUUUAUUUAAGCGUGCUUUUACUUAUUGCGAUUGUAUUUAUAAUAAGAUAUAUUUACGUAAAAUUGCCAUACGAUUAUUUCAAAAAACAAGGAGUGGAAACUAUAAAUUCGUUUAUCCCAUUUUUCGGGCAUACCAUGUCGGUACUAUGCUUUUGGGAAAGUUUGAGUGACAUAUGUAUUAAUCUAUAUAAAAAAUCGAAGUCAAGCAUGAUUGGCAUGUUUCAUCUCACUACUCCAGUGCUCAUCAUUUGUGAACCAGAAUUAAUUAAAACUGUGCAAAUUAAAGACUUUUCCAGCUUCCGGAAUAACAUUACUAGUCUAGAUGAGGAACGCGACCCAUUUACCGCCGUACAUCCUUUUUUCGCAGUGGACGAGAGGUGGAAAGAAAGUCGUACCCUAUUUGCCAGUGGCAUGUCCUCAAAAAAAUUAAAAAUUAUGUUCGAAGCUAUGCAUCGUGUAUCUCAAAAGUUUGGGACUUAUCUCGAAAAUCUCGAAAAUGAAGUGGAUUUAAAAAAGUUGAGUAUGCAUUUUACUAAUGAGAUUGUUUGCAACGCCGGAUUUGGCAUAGAAUACAAUCAGACCUAUGCCACCAUGGCUGGUAAAAUUUUUGAAUAUACCUGGGCCAAUGAAUUCAAACAGUUGUUCAACUUUUACCUUCCCAAGGCGGCAAAAAUUCUGCAAUUGAAUUUUGAAACUGCAGAGAUAAGACAAUAUUUUGGAGCAGUUGCAAAAAGUAUUGUUGAGAAUGAAAAGGGUGAUGACUUUGUACGUAUGACAAUGGAAACAUUGGGAGAAAUGAACCUCAAAACUGCCACAACACUAAUAAGUAGUUUCUAUAUCGAUGCAUCUGGGACAGUUGCUACUGCUAUUAGUAUGGCAUUGUUUAGGUUAUCGAAAAAUUGGAAUGUUCAAGAAAAAUUACGCAAUGAGAUUCAUGAGACUCUCUAUAAAUACGAAGGUAAAUUAACUUACGAAGCUCUUCAGGAUAUGACUUACCUGCAACAGGUUAUCUACGAGACGCUUAGACUUCAUCCUAUACUUGAAAUCAAUUCAAAAAUAUGUACGGAAACUACAACUCUCGUUGGUUCUGACGGAUUGAAAUGCACGUUGCAACCUGGUAACAUUGUGGUCCUACCAAUCCUGGGAUUUCAUAAAGAUGAAAAGUACUGGCGUGAUCCCGAAACUUUCAAUCCUGAUAGAUUUGCAGAUGAUAAUAAAGAAAGUAUAACAAAAUUUACAUUUACACCUUUUGGUGAAGGCCCAAGACAGUGUCCAGGAAUGCGAUUUGGUUUAAUCGAAGCUAAGAUCGUCUUAAUCACAAUUUUAAGACAAUAUAAGGUGGUGUCGUCAGAUAAAGUAAACUUUCCUUUAGAGAUGGAUACUCGUAACACUUUACGUGCUGCUAAGGAAACGUUAUGGGCUCACUUAGUACCCAUUUAAAUCAAUGGAUGGAAAGUUAAUGGACUUUUAGCAAAUUACUAAAAAAAUAUUCUAGAAUUGCUUGGGUAAUCACACUUAAUAAGUCAAUCUACAAAGUUUUGUAACUAACAAUUAAAGUGACAGAGAAAAAGGAAGCUUCGCUCAAGCUAUUACUAUAUUUUUAUUUUGUUUGAUGUUUAUUUUUAUAUAAAAUAUUAUAAUAAAUAAGUACCAAAUGUAAAAUAGUCAUUAUUUAAAAAAAUAUAUAAUAAUUAGUUAUAUCCAAAGUAUAUUAUUUUAAAAUAUUGUUUGUCCCUGAUGAAUAAUGAAAUAAAAAUUAUCAAUGGAGUGUUAUAAUAGUUAAAUGACAUAUUUAACUGGCAAUAGUUUGUUGUU